UCUGGCUCAUAUUGUCUAGAGAGAGAGAAAUUCCACCCAUUGGUUUCCUCCCCCAAGCUCAAUCCUCUCCACACACAGCACCUGCCGUUUCCAAGUUCUGCCAUCCUUUGCCAAAGAUCCUUGCAUUUAUUUAAUUAUCCGCUUCUUAAUGUGGUGUAGUAGAACAGCGCUCGGGAGACUGCAGAUGAUCGGCGUUGAAAUCGCUCCGCGUACCGUCACCGGAUUUCAGCGCGCGAUGUCCACGUUACCGAGAGUGUAUGUGACGCGCAAGGUGCCGCCGGUAGGACUUGACAUUCUCAAUAAAUCCGGACAGGUGCAGUUUGAGAUGUGGGACUCUGACGACCCUGUUCCUCGACAGGAGCUGCUGAAAAAGGUCAAAGGUUGCGAUGGAAUACUGUGUGUACUCACAGAGAAGAUUGAUGCAGAAUUAUUGGACGCAGCAGGUCCAAAUUUGAAAGUCCUCAGCACUAUGUCAGUGGGCUUUGAUCAUCUUUCUUUGGAUGAGCUCAAGAAAAGGGAAAUCCGUGUAGGAUAUACGCCAGAUGUUCUGACUGAUGCCGUGGCUGAACUGACUGUUGCCCUGUUACUCGCUACAUCAAGAAGACUCAUUGAGGCCACCCACGAGGCUAAAACGGGUGGCUGGGGAACAUGGAGAACUCUAUGGCUGUGUGGUCACGAACUAGCAAACAGCACAGUUGGCAUCUUGGGACUUGGGAGGAUUGGCGUGGCUAUUGCAGAGCGUCUGAAGCCGUUUAAGGUAAAGAAGUUCAUCUACACAGAUGUGGCACCAAGACUUGAGCUUGCAAACAUGAUACAGGCAGAAUAUGUCUCUUUAGAUGAGCUGGCAAAGCAGUCUGAUUUCCUGGCAAUAUGCUGUGCUCUGACUCCAGAGACUCAAGGGAUCUGCAAUAAGAAUCUCUUUACCAAGAUGAAGAAAAAUUCCAUCUUUAUCAACACAAGCAGAGGGGGAGUGGUUAAUCAGGAGGAUCUGUAUGAAGCCCUGUCUACUGGUCUGAUCGCUGGAGCCGGGCUGGAUGUCACCACACCUGAACCGCUGCCCACAAACCAUCCUCUUUUUACACUCAAAAACUGUGUGAUUCUUCCCCACAUUGCCAGUGCUUCAUAUACCACAAGGAACGCCAUGUCUGCUCUUGCUGCCAACAACCUGCUAGCGGGUCUCAGGGGAGAACCCAUGCCGAAAGAACUUAAGCUCUAGAACACAACACCAACAAUGAACAUAAAAGAACAACAAUACUGAACCCGUCUGUGUUCUAAUAUUAAAAGAGCAGUGUUUUUGAGUACAUAGACAAGGUUCAUGGUCUGAGAUCAAUGAUCUACAAAGAGCAAACUCGACAAAGUCCAGCAGGUCUAUGCAAGUCUCACAGGCCUUAACAAACCUUUUAGUUAAUGUUGCAAUUCAUGUGCUACUUUGGUUCUGUUGGGUUAGGACAGAUUACAGUAUUAAGAACUCUGAAGUCUUCCCUUUUCUAAUCAGACAAAUAUAUACAGUGAAUAUAUUAAUAAAGAGACAAAAGUAUCUAACAUUUUUCAUUAUUUUAUUCACUUUUUUUUAAAUUCAUUGUUAAACUGGUAAGAAAAAACCAAAAAAACAAGUGUCCUUACAAUGUACAAUUAGUAAUAGCAAUUCCACAAACAAACAUUCAUUUCUUCAGUUUUGGCAUCUCUAGAUCUGAGCCACAUCGUUCAAAAGAUCACAUAACACAGUUGUUUUACUUCCAUUGUGAUUCAGCAGUUAUUUUUACCAAAACUUUUUGUUUUUGUUAAAGAUUUUUGUUUAUACAGUGUACACACGAUAUGUACAUAAAUUAAACAUUUUAAAUUGAGAGUUCAAACAUGAUACAAACAUAACAUUCAUUUUUCAACAUUCAUGUUAAAAACACUCAGGCACAUAUGUAUAAUAUGGAUGAAUGGUUUGAAAAAAUAAAGUACAAUACCUAUAAUUUUGCUUUGCACAAAUUUGCCAGGUUUAAGUCUUUGAUAAGGGAUUAAGUUAUGAUUUGCAUUAGUAUACACUUUGGAAAACAAUUCAAAUAGGGUCAGUAUUUACCUCAAUUGUAACAGCAUCAAAUGCAUUACUACAGACAAAUAAAAGAUUUUCAGUAAGGCAGCUUAUUUACAGGUUGAAAUGUGUUAAUAAAAGUAGCUUCUAAAUCUUUUAAACAGUUAUAUAGUUAGUUGGAGUAUCAGAGGACUCCCGUUACCCACAGUACAGCACCAAACACGUCACAAAAGACAGCAUUUCUCACAAAACACUGGGACAAGACUUAUAUUAUUUUUAAAAACAACUCCAACACUUCCUAUUAACAACCACCAAUACAAUGACAACCAAAAGACAGCAACAUCAUUUAUUUUUUCCAUUUACAGCAAUAAUAGUUUCUUUUUUUAAAAAGAUUUAAGUCCACAAAACAUCCAACAUUAAAGACCGAAGGUGCAAUGUUUUACACAUUGGUUCAUUUUCACUUAUUCUCUUUAUCCACGGGAAAGUCAAAAGACAGUCAAGGACUUAAGUCUUUGAACGAAACAGCAGGGCAGGAUGUAACUGUGGAGCAAAACAAAGAGGAAGUUCCCAUGAUUUUAGGAUAGAUGUCUGUAUGCAAUGCUCUGUUCAUGCGUUCAUGUCUGCAAAUAGCCCUUAUCAAUGUAAGAACAUCUGAAUACAACAGAAACAGGCACAAAUACACAGUGAAAUAGGUGGAAACCUAUUUCAUUUGGACCGCAUAAUUUUUUUCAUUAAUAAUAUUGACUACAAAAUAAUUAUAACUGUCCAUAAUGACUUAAUAAUCAUUAAGUGUUAAGUGACAGUCAGAAAACAAAGCAUUUAUUAGUUUAUGGAUAUCUAGGCAAGGUUAUCGGUCAAUUCUGCUUUGCCACAUGGGUCACCCUUUCAAAAUUUAGCAACAAAUUUGCUUUGAAUUUGCCCUCUAUUAGAAAGUAGUUUAUCUGACCUUUGAAAAACUGUAACAGCAGUGAUUUUGGUAGGCUUCUCAUUUCAUAGACCAAACCAUUCGCUUCAUUUGCUCUGUUCUAAAAUCUAGUGAGCUGCCUAGCUAGACUGCAUUUUAAGGCAUCAUAGGCACACACUCCUGAUACAAAGGCUGUUCCAAAAGGUCGGCAGAAUAAUUAUGGUGCCUUCUAAGAUUCCUUGUUUUGGCCAACUUAUAAGGCAGCACCGCAUAUAUCCUCGCAGUGAAGGCAAUCCCAGAAUAUUAAGCUUUUUUUCAGAUAAAUAAUUUAUUCAAGAUGGCAGACAAAGUGAGAGAAAUUGUAUAAAUAUAUUUCAUUUAAUACUGAAAAGUAUAGACCUAGUUAAAAACUAAAAUAGUCAAUCUAAUAAAAUUUAAUAUUUUACCCAAUAUAUGUGUUUGCUUUGUAUUUUUAUGCUUAUUCGAGUUCUGCAUUGUUAGCUCGGCAACAUGCUAACAUUAUACUCCAUUGGAAUCAAUUGCGGGUCGAGUCUCCUGUGCGCUUCAUGUGAGAAACACUUUGUGUGUGGUGUGGGAAGUUGCUGUCUAUGUAGAGCAUUCCAAAUCAGUUAUUUGUAAGGUUCCAUUUCAAUCUGGUUGAUGCAGGGGCAUAGAUUCCAUGGGGAUGGGGGGAGUAAUCCCCCCAAUAAUCAAAACAAGCAAAUACAACCCCCCCAUUAUUUAUACUAUGAUCACUGGAAACACGGGUAAAUGCUUCAAGCUGCAACCACCCAAUGGUCAAGCCCAAUCUAUGCCCUUGGACUGAUGCCUCUUACUAGGUUUUGGAACAGAGCAAUUGUCUCAACUAAUAAAAAGAUGCACCCAAAAGAGAAAUAACACACUGCCUCAUUUUGAUGCUUCAGUUCAAAAUAUACAGACAACAUCGUCAGAGACUGAAACAAUUCUGUUCUCAUAGAAUCAUGUUACUGUACCUACAUUUUUACAAAAUGAUUUUUGUGUGGCUUGUACGUACAGUAUUGCUGCACUUUCCUGGUGAAAUAAACAUUAGAGGUGCUACUACAUCAAAAAUUACUUGUAUUCCCUUUCAAACAAAUCACAAGUUCAUAAACACUUUACUUUUCACCCUGUUCUUCACACAAUGCAUGUUUACAAACUUGUUCAUCCGAUGCAUGGUAACUCAAAUGAUAGACCAUUGCAAAUGCUUUGCAAAGGACCGGAAGAGUACGCAAGUCGACUUUGCUUUUUAUGACACUGUCGGUUAGGUUUAGGUUUAAGGUUUAGAGUAGGUUUUGUUGAUUUUAUUGUUGAUGAAGUUUUGUUUUGUUGAACUCGAUAAAGCAUCAACCCUACAACCUCAUCUAUUUUUCAUCUUACAUAUGCUUUUUAUGACACUAUCGGUUAGGUUUAGGUUUAAGGAUGGCAGUUUUGUUGAUUUAAAACUUAUUAACCUGCAUAAAUCUGUUUAGGAGAAAACUGUACUUGCUUUUAGCACCACUCAGUAGACAUUUCACCUUGGAGCCGCGAUAUGUGUAAGGAACCAUGUAAUAUCAUUUUGCUAAAAUGUCGCCAGAGUCACAUAAUUUUCAUGAGAUUAGAUUGGCAAAAACACAAACAGUACGCAGUUGCCUAUACAACUCCUCUGUCAAAAAUCUGUCUUCCACAUAGCACUUGAGGCUUAAACCCUCUAAUCAUAGACAUUUAAAGGACAUUUCUCAACCCAUGUUUACACCUGUUAUUAAUAUGCGUUUCAGUGAUCCGAUCACAAGUGGUCAGCACAAGUGGUCUAGUUAAGUACAGGUGUAAAUGGGGUAAAAAUUGUUUUGUGAUCAGAUCACAAAAACCACAUAAGGAGGUAGUCAAAAAUGCUUGUGAUGACAUCGCACCUGAGAUGUAAACACUAAUCCGUCCUGAAUGAGUCCCAGACAGCAAUGAAGCACCACCUCUCACCUGUCAAUCAACCGCUGCGCUAAAACAAGAGUUUAAACUUUGCCAGUUACGAGUGGCUUUAAAAGGAUAUAAAUGUCUGAUAUGAAAAUUUGAAAAAGCGAAUAUACUGUAUACACAAGCACGAGAACUUAACAUCUUUUUCAGGGUCUCUGACAUCAACACGCAGGGACACACUUCAGGAAGGAGACGCCACUCAAAGGGAUGUUCCAAACAAAAGAAAGUACAUUUUUUCAAAAAGGGCCCUUUCAUAAGACUUUUUGUGAAGGCUACAUUUAAACUGUAAUGCCAUGCUUCCUUCACAGUGCUCACAUCAAGAGCUGUCUUUCGUAGUAAGUAGGGCAUAGGGAUGAUCACUUUCGAUUGAAAUUCACCCAUAGUGAUUGAUGCAUGUCAUCAUGAAAUCAGAGACUCUCCCCUCGAAAUCUCAAAUUAACUGAGAUACGCCACAUCUCAGAGAGCAUUUCUGUGUGAUGAUAGCUUGCUGUGCUUAAUAGUAAACAACAGUCAGCAUGAUAAAACCCUUUGCAAGAAGUUUCGUCUCUUUAAUGCUUUAGGUUUAGUCCUUUUUAUGCAUAGCUGCUGUUACAGCCAUCAAAGCUCCGCGUCAUCAAUACAUUUCAAGACGCUCACUGUCGGACGUUAAAUCCACUGCUGUUAGUAAUGCUCCCAUAUUUGUGAGGUGUUGUGGAGAGAUUAAAGUCUUUUGCUGAUUCUGUAGGACACUGCUUAAAUAAAUGGUUGCAGUACAAAAUGUUUAAACUGCUGAAUGUCGUGAACUUGAUGUUGUGUACCCAUGAUCUUAUAGUUAUGCACUUUUGAAUGUGGAGCAAGGAUCACCCUGAAGCGCUCCGGUUAAACUGAAGCGUGUCAUUUUGCGUUCAGGAUGCACAUCAGCAGUUUUGUGCCACUCUGUAUUAGAGCCUUUCUUAUUUCUUCCUUUUCUUAUUUUGAUAGUUUGGUGCAAUAAGAUGUUAAAGCUAUUUCGCCUAUUCAUUUGUUGAUAUUCUUUAGUUAUCAUGUUGAAGUGUUGCACUAAAUGGGCCCAUAUAUCCCUCUAUAUCGCGUCUGAUCGGGGUCACAUGAAAGUAACAGAGCCUUAUUAUCCAUGGGUUCCUUAACACAAACUAGUCGUUCAGAUAACCCAUUGACUAAUGUAGUCGAUUAUUAAAAUUGGUAGUAUUGCACAUCCCUAGUAUGACAUAAGCGCACACUUUGCGGGUUCUUCUUUGUUUGCUUUCAAUCACUAAUGUUAGGGCUAUCAACCUCUCCUGGAUUAAUAAAAAAUGGCAGAAAAUAGGGAAAAUGUGUGGUCACAGGGUGAAACAAAACACCUAAUAAGUGUCUUGGUGGAGGAGGGAAUACAAAAAACCCCUGAACGACAAAGAUGGAAGGUUUUUUUGAUGCAGGAGUGUCCUGAAAGGCUGAACAGAUUAGAAAUAGUAUUAGAUCCUUAAUAUUUACUAUCGUCACUACUGUCACAGGCAUUCCCCCUGAGUAGGGGAUUGACAUCACUAAGCACGGUAAAUCUUGGAAAUUAUUGAGUAUGUUAAGAAAGCUUUACAGGGGGGCCUGGGUAGCUCAGUGGUAAAAGACGCUGGCUACCUCCCAUGGCGUUCGCUAGUUAGAAUCCCAGGGCGUGCUGAGUGACUCCAGCCAGGUCUCAUAAGCAACCAAAUUGGCCCAGUUGCUAGGGAGGGUAGAGUCACAUGGGGUAACAACCUCGUGGUCGCUAUAAUGUGGUUUGUUCUGGGUGGGGCACUUGUUGAGUUGAGCGUGGAUGCCGCAGUGGAUGGCGUGAAGCCUCCACGUGCGAUAUGUCUCCGUGGCAACACGCUUAACAAGCCACGUGAUAAGAUGCGCAGGUUGAUGGUCUCAGCGGAGGCAGCUGGGAUUCGUCUUCCACCACCCGGAUUGAGGCGAAUCACUACGCGACCACGAGGACUUAAAAGCGCAUUGGGAAUUGGGCAUUCGAAAUUGGGGGAAAAAGGGGGAAAAA